AUGGCCUCUAUCUCAACCAAGACUGCAACCCCCGUUAUGCCUCCCUCCUUCAGCAUGUCCCAAGAUAUCUCCCGCGCUAUCAUGACCGCCUCAACUCAAAAGGCAGAGAAGAACCGCUCCACUCUCAUCGAUGGCAUGCCUCCUGCUCCUCCACCAUCACCUGUGACUUUUAAGUCUAAGGGCUCUUACGACGACAUCCCCAGCUUGUGUCUAGAGUAA